GCACAUAUCCGCUAGCUAACAGACGCUUGACAGCCUCGCAUGACUCUUGACAGCUCGUACUGCAGUCGCAGUUGCGCCUAAACUCACCUGGUGCUGCUUUCUGCAUCGUCAAACACUCUCACCGUGACCGAAACCGACAGAAAAUGCUGUCCUACAUCAUUGGCCUGAUCCGAGGUGGCUUCGACAGCAUCGUCAACUUAAUCCUCAGACUCCUCUUCUCCAAGAAGAGACCCGCCCUCACUUUGGAGGACCCCACCAUCAAGUACGCACUGCGGCUGCUGGACAAACAGAUUGUCAGUCACGACACCAGGAAGUUCCGCUUCGCCCUUCCUUCCCCGGAACACAUCCUCGGUCUGCCCAUCGGGCAGCACAUCUAUUUGUCUGCGAGGAUAGACGGGAAGCUGGUGGUCCGUCCGUACACGCCGGUGUCCAGCGACGAUGACAAAGGCUUCGUGGACUUGGUGGUGAAGAUUUACUUUAAAGAUGUCAACCCUAAAUUCCCAGAGGGAGGGAAGAUGAGUCAGUACUUGGAGAGCCUGAGGAUCAACGACACCAUCGAUUUCAGGGGACCCAGCGGCCUCCUCGUCUACAGAGGCAAAGGCGUUUUUGACAUUCAACCAGACAAAAAGUCCCCGACUGACACGAGGACGGCUAAACGCGUCGGCAUGAUCGCCGGAGGGACCGGGAUCACUCCCAUGCUGCAGCUCAUCACGGCCGUGAUGAAGGACCCGCAGGACCGGACGGUGUGCUACCUGCUGUUUGCCAACCAGAGCGAGAAGGACAUCCUGCUGCGACCCGAAUUGGAAGAGAUCCAGGUCAACCACCCGGACCGCUUCAAGCUGUGGUUCACCCUGGACAGAGCACCCGAAGACUGGGAGUACAGCCAGGGCUUCAUCGGUGAAGACAUGGUGAGGGAACACCUGCCCCCCCCCGGUGACGACACCCUCAUCCUGAUGUGUGGACCCCCGCCCAUGAUCCAGUUCGCCUGCAACCCGAACCUGGACAAAGUCGGCCACUCCAGCAGCCGCAGGUUCACCUUCUAGACGUCAAGGGGGGGGGGGACGUCGUAGUGCACUUUAUAUACACGAUGUAUUUAUGCUACGAUAUAAUCAUGCAACAGCGAGGACAAAGUGUCCCUGUGGUCUGCUGUCCGAGUGCCUUCACACUGGCAAAGCUUUGUUUGUUUUAAAUGCAUCAUUUAAUUCCACUGCCAGUGUUGGAUAUACCUGCCCUCCAUCAAUAUUUUGCUAAAACAUGUUCUUGGUGAUUGUUUGGAUAUGCAAUUAAAAAAAAAAGCAAGGAUGA